UGGGCUGGGCUGGGCAGGUCAGAGUCAGCCAACCUUCCUUGCCCCUCCCCUCCCCCACCAGAUCUGCCACUCAGGCCACGCUCCAAUCGUCUAGCCCCCGCCCCGCCCAACUCCUCUCACUCUUCCUCAGCUAGCUCAGACUAGACGAGUCCUCUCCCUUCCUGACCCUUUGCACCUAUGCUCUCAUCUAGACGUCGGCGGACUCUGAGUUCGUUUGCACAGCCUGAGGGAAACCCCAGGUUUUUUUAAAGAGGGUCGUUCUUAGUGAAUUGGGGAUGGCCCCCCAGACAGAGAUGUGUCAAAGGGCAUAACAGCAAUGCAUAAAUGUGCCUAAGCAGGCUUGAGCGUUCCAGGUCGUCGCCCCAAAUACCUAGAUAACUCCCCUUUGAGAGUCUGAAAGAUUUGGGAAACCAGCUUAUGAAAUGUAACUUUGCCUAAGGCCAACUUCAUUAUGGAUGACUACACAGUACUGAAGGUGAUUGGGGAGGGCUCCUUCGGCAGGGCUCUCUUAGUUCAACAAGAAAGCAGUAACCAAAAGUACGCGAUGAAGGAAAUAAGGCUUCCCAAGUCACUCUCUGAUGUAAAGAACUCUAGGAAGGAAGCCAUUCUAUUGGCUAAAAUGAGACAUCCCAAUAUCGUUGCCUUUAAGGAGUCAUUUGAAGCUGAUGGACACUUGUAUAUCGUGAUGGAAUAUUGUGAUGAAGGAGAUCUCAUGCAAAGGAUUAAAAAUCAAAAAGGAAAAUUAUUCCCUGAGGAUAUGAUACUUCACUGGUUUACACAGAUGUGCCUGGGAGUGAAUCACAUUCACAAAAAAAGGGUGCUACACAGAGAUAUAAAGUCCAAGAAUGUCUUCCUCACCCAAAAUGGAAACAUAAAAUUGGGAGAUUUUGGAUCUGCCCGACUUCUCUCCAAGCCUAUGGCAUAUGCCUGUACAUAUGUGGGAACACCUUAUUAUGUGCCUCCAGAAAUUUGGGAGAAUAUGCCCUAUAACAAUAAAAGUGACAUAUGGUCCUUGGGAUGCAUUUUGUAUGAACUUUGUACCCUCAAACAUCCAUUUCAGGCCAAUAGCUGGAAGAAUCUUAUCCUCAAGAUAUGCAAAGGAUCCUACAACCCGCUUCCAUCUCAUUACUCUUAUGAACUUCGCUAUCUAAUAAAGCAGAUGUUUAAGAGAGAUCCCACAUCUCGCCCUUCUGCUACUACAAUUCUCUCUAGAGGCUCUUUAGCAAAACUUCUCCAGAAGUGCUUGUCACCAGAGAUAGUUAAAGAGUAUGGUGAACAGAUCAUAGAGGAAACCAGGAAAUCUAAGAAUGCUACACCAGGAAAAAUGGGCCCUUCCAGGACAAAUCUAAUUUCAGGAAAUGAGGCAAUUACUAUGCAAGAAGAAAAAGGUAAAAAGUAUAGCCAUGCUCACUUAGAGAACGUUAAUAAAAAUUUGGCAGAAAAUGCACUGAAGCGAAUAAGCAAUGAGGAAAAAGAAAAGAAAUCAGUCCAUCUGAGGAAAGGUAACUCACCAAGCCCUCAGAGGCGACAGUGGGAGAAGAACAUAUCCAGUACAGCUGUCAAUGCCUUGGAAAAUGCAUCUAUACUUUCUUCCAGUUUACCUUCAGAGGAUGAUAGAGGUGGUUCUGUGAUAAAGUACAGUGAAAAUAAUACCAGGAAGCAGUGGCUUAAAGAAUCUCCUGAAACUUUGUUGAAUAUCCUUAAAAAUGCUGACCUUAGCUUGGCAUUUCAGACAUAUACAAUAUAUAAAUCAGGCUCAGAUAAUUUCCUGAAAGGACCUCUUUCUGAUGAAGCAGAAACAUCAGAUUGUACAGAUGGAGAUCAUGAUAUCAUUUUGGACCCUGAGAGACUUGAGCCUCGAUUAGAUGAAGAGGACACGGACUUCGAAGAAGAAGAAGAUGACCCAGAUUGGGUGUCUGAACUGAAGAGGAGAGCUGAAUUAAAGUGUGGUGCUCAUGAAUAAUUCCAAAGAAAUAUUUCUUAAACACAUUCAGAAGAAUUGUUAAAUUAAGUAAUCAACACCCUGUAAGUUUACUUUGGCAACAGACUAGAUAAAAGCUGUGAAUAUUAAAGAUGAGGGGUUUGAUGAAAAUCACCAGAAAAUACACCUAGAACCCUAGUGGGUUGUUGAAGUAGAUAUUAGUUCUAUAUUAAUCUUCUAAUUGGAGCAACAUCAUGUAAAUUGUUUUCUUUAUAGGUCAGAAAGGGAAGUGGUGCUAUCCUGGGGAAAACAUCUUAAGAUUUCUUUUCUGAAUAUUCAAUGUACUUUUAAUCUUAAAAUACUUGGAUUGGUAGGAGAGAGCUCUAUAUCUUGAUGACUGUUGCUGCUUGUUAACAAGAUUUUGAGAUAUUGUGUACUUAUAAUCCAUAACAAUUUUAUGAGAGUGUAAUUGAUUGUAUUUUUAGUGGUGUGUUUUUUCUCAAGUAGUAGGUUCUUUUUCCAUUAGUUAGCAAAGGAACCACUGGGGAUGGAACAUAAAUAGGAGGAUGAGAGUGGACAGAGGAUGAUGAAAAUGAGCUGAGUUUCUAUACUAGAUCAGAGGUCAAGCAUGGUGGGUAAAAGAAUAGAACAUCAGUAUCACCAGUGAAAUAGAACAAGGAAGCACAAAUCCUUGAGAAGAAAAUCAAGUUCUGUUAUUAUAAUUUCUUUAGAGACAAUAUAUUUUGUAGCUGGACAGUUUUGGGGUUGCAGUAUUCUUCAGGAGAAUGUAAACUACUUGAAGGCAGAGACCAACUUUGUAUUUAUUAUCUGUAAUGCCUGGCACAUAGUGGAUAUGAGAUAAAUGUUUGCAUUGAAUUGCUCCGGUGGCCUUUCCCCCCUGGUAUCUUCUGAGAAUUGGAUGAUGAAAAAAUAAUUGAUAAUCAUUGAGGAAGAAAUAAGUGAAAAUAAUGAUCACAGUUUUGCUUAAUAAAAUAUAAUUUUUAUAACUUCAUAAAAUGCUUAAGAUCUCAUUAGAAUGAUAGAAUUUUAGAUCUUGUCAAUGACCAAGGAGACCUAAUCUAGUUCAUAUUAUUUUAUAAGUCAAGAAACUGGCUGAGUGGUUGUGACCAAGUCAAGAUUGCUUGGUGGUAGAAACAGGACUAUACUAUCCUCAAGUCAAAUCAGUCAAUCAACAAGUUUUAUUAGGAGUGCUCACUAUAUGCCAGGCAUUGUGCUAAGUGUUGGGGAUUCAAAGAAAGCCAGAAACCAUUCCUGCCCUCAAGGAGUUCACAUGCUCAUGUGGAAGACAAGAUGUCAAAAAAAUAGUAGCAUACAAGAUUAUUCCAGUCUUCUUUCCAUUAUGCAAUGUUGUUAGUGUUCAAUGAUCUAAUGAUUCAUUCAGAGGACAAAGACCUGCACUAUGUUUUUGAGGGCAGAGGGUGCUGCAAAAUGAUUUGCACUGGGAUUACAAGGCAUUAAUUACGAGGGAUGGAACAGAAAUAGGAGGCUGAGAGUGGGUUGACUUUCUAGAUCAGAUCAGAGUGAAAAGGAGGAAUAGGCCAGAAGAAGGACAUGAUUAGGUAUUCAAGAGCAAAGCAGAUGAGCUUAUAAUUGGGGACAAAGCAAGUCUGAGAUGAGGUCCAGGAACUGGUUAGGUAAAAAUAGUGUUUAAGCUAAAAAACAAGGAAUUAGGGGAAGUAUUGUGGUGAAAGGGAAGUAGAGAAGAGAUAAGUAGAAAUGAGGGAUAUGCAAGGCUAUGGCAGACUAUGAAGCCUAUCUAGCCCUCUAAUUAAAAAAAAAAACUAUUUAAAAGUACACAAAAUUUCAGCAUAACUCCCUCAUUUUAUCUGUAACUAGGACCUAUUUCUCUGUUUUGUAAUCUUAAGGCGUCUAAUGUCAGGAGCCAGACUUGGAAAAAUGAUCAUUGUCAUGAUUUUUUUUGGAAAACACUUUGGCUGCCUUUUCAUACUUUUUUCAUAAUAAAAGUUUCUAUUUCUUGCAUUA